UAAUCUAGAAAAGUUAACAAAUUAAAAAGAUCUUUAAUUCAAAAUUUAUUGUUUUUUAAACAAAUUCACCAAAAGUAAAAUGCGUUACUAUCCUUGCGCUACCCCUUACAUUUACAGUGAGUUCCCGAACAAUUGGAAUCUCUAUUGCCAAAAGCCCAACAUAAGCUGGCAAAGGAAACCCCAACAAGCAAAACAUUCCAUUAACAUUUGGCGUGACUUGGAAGCAGCAAAAAUCGAAAAAAUUCUACACAAAGAUCUAUACAUAAAGAAUUGGUCUAAAACUCGUCUUCGAACGGGGGCAUUUUUACCUCUCUACUAUGGCACCGGCAUAGAACGACCACAUUUUCAAGCGAAUGCUAAGAAAUUAACUAAAGUAGAGAAUGAUGAAAAUUUGAAAAAUUUAAAUACAAAUUUAAAAGACAAGUUUUUGGCUCAGAGAGCUGCCCAACAGGGGAAGUUAAAGAGAAAUUGAGAAAUUUUAAGAAAAAUUUUUAACACCAUAUUUUCUUAAAGAAAAUAGUGACAUUUUUCUUUAAGGAAUAUUGUUUUAAUAAUUUUAAAUAAAAUUUUUAUACUUUUCUCUUUUUCGAUCAUUGCAGAUUGUGAUUGUGAAAAAAGCAAAGAGAUAAAAUUUUAUUUAAAAUAUUUUUUUUUACAAAAUUUUUAUAAACUUUUUAUAAAUUAUUAUAAAAUAAGUAAAUUUGGCGAUAAAUUUAA